AUGAGCCGCAAAGAGUACGUUUACAAAGAGGUCGAAGGAGGCGAGCCCUUGGUGGCAAGCGUCUGGUACAAACCAGGGGGUUCAGACACACCCAAGCCCAUCGCACACUACUUCCAUGGAGGCAACUGGGUACUUGGCCAUAAAGACAUGCUCUCACCCUACUACAUAGAGAAACUCCUUGAGCUAGGGUUUGGCGCAGUUGUCUCACCAAACUAUCGGCUUGGCCCAACAAUCUCUGCCCAGGAAGGUCCUGUUCAGGAUGCAAAAGAUAGUUAUCUGUGGUCUCAAGGGGAGUUACCGAAUAUCCUGGUGGAAGAUGCCAACAUCCACCUGGAUGGCAGCAAGGUAGUGACCCUGGGCCACUCUGCCGGGGGUACCCUAGCCCUUCUGAUGGCGUCGCUUCCACAGAAACCCCUGGCGAUUCUCGACAUCUUCGGCCUGAAGCAUCUUGAUGACGAGUUCUACCACACUCCAAACCCUGCAUUCGCCAAGAUUCCAGAUUUCCAGCAAACACUCCUGGACAGGGUUCUAGACGACGUUCCUGCUCCAAGUGCAGCGACUCCCCCCGGCGGCCCAAAUGGACCUGACUUUAGUAACUACCGCGUCGCCUGGCUAUUCACUGCGUUCAAGAAAGGAUCUUGGUUGUCUUCAAUUCAACCCGAUGGCAACUAUGGCGCCAUAGAUCCAUCCAGAUUAUUUUCGUCUUCCUUCCCCCCGACCUAUUUUAUCCAUGGCAGCAUGGACACCCUUGUUGGUGUCAGGUUCGCUGAACAGGCGUUCGAAGAGCUGAAAAAUAAAGGUGUCAAAACCAAGCUCGUAAUUGAAGAGGCGCCCCAUGGGUUUGAUGUAGGAUCAAAGCCGGGCGAGCACCGGUAUAAUGUUAUUACAGAUGGCUUCAAGUUCCUCGCGAGCCACGCGACUUAG